AUGGAUCCCGUGGGCGGAGCACUUCUGGGGCUCGUUUUCCAGGAGCUGUACACCACCAUCAAGCUGUACAUGCACCCUUCCCUCACACGCGCCUCCACGCUCCGCUCCAAGCUCGCCGUCCUGGCCGGGAAGGUCGAGCCGCUCAGCCGUCGAUUCGCCGCCAUCGACGCGCGCUACCCGGAUUCCGGGGCCCACCGGGAGGCCCUGAAGCUGCGGGAGAUGCUGGAGAAGGCCGACGCGCUGGUGCGUGACUGCGGCGGGAUCCGGUGGUGGAACCUCCGGCGGAAGCGGCGGUUCUCCAAGCGCCUGACGAGGCUCGACGCGUCGCUCGGGAUGCUGCUGAGCGUGGAUUUUGGGCCCGGGGUGGUGAUGGGCCGGCUGAUGACUAUCGAGGCCCAGGUGGUGGAGAUGAACGCGAAGCUGGACAGGAUGUACGUGGGCCGGCAGGUGGGGCCCGCUCCGCCGUUGGGGAGGCAGAGGAGCGGCGGUGGUGGGCGGCGGGGGAUGAGGGUUGAGGUUCGUUACGAGAGGACGGAGAAGAGGACGUGUUUGAACAUUUCGGUUUGUUGGGGUCAUUGCUGCGGCGGCCAUGAUAAUGACGACGACGACGAGGAUGGUGACCGGAGAGGAGACUAUCGCAAGCGGGCCUAA